AUGGCUAGCGCUCCUAUUUUCACGGCAGUUACCACCUCUGCCAGGCAGCUACAUCUACUCCUGCGCUGCAUUUCGUUCUCCCCACGAGCAGAAGUCCAGAUCACCCAAUCUGGCAUCAGGUUCUCGGUAGAGGAAGCUCGAGUCGUCCAAGGCCUCACAUUCCUCGACAAGGCAUUGUUUUCCACGUACAGCCUGACCUUGACUGAUGAAGAGCAUUCAUUGCCCCCGUUUUCCAUAUCAGUUGUUGCUUUGCUGGAGACCCUCCAAAUCUUUGGCAUAGCCGAAGCAACAUCAUCCGCUCGGAACGCAUAUGGUGGCUUUUCCUCCUCGUAUGGUAAUGCUUUCACCGCCCCCGCUCUGGCGGCUGGCGGAACAUGCCGGAUAUCCUACCAAGAAGCUGGUGCUCCCCUCACAAUCACAAUUCAGGAGGGCUCGGUCACGACAACAUGCGAGAUGAACACGUACGAAGCACAUGGCGAAUACGAAGACGAUGGUGGCAUUCCGCUCAAUCGAAACGCUCUAUGCUUGAAAGCCAUCAUGCGAAGCACCUGGUUGCAUGAUGCCAUCACCGAGCUCUCAGGGACAAACCCCACUGUGCUCGUUCUGAACGCCUCCAGCCGUUCUGCGCCAUAUUUUGCAUUAGAGGGCGAAGGAGGCCCCUUCGGCGACAGCAAAGUGGAUUUCAUGCCCGAGUCUAAGAACGAGCCGACACCGAGUGGAACCAGAGGAAAGAAGCAACCACUCGUCACAGAGACCUUCUCUGUGGUCCCUCCGUCUGGCCAUAGCAGAUUCAGACAGAGAUACAAAUUCGACAUGAUCAAGAGGGCAGGAAGAGCCAUGGCUUUAGGAAGCAAAGUGAGCAUUAGACAAGAUCAGCAAGGAGUGCUCAGUCUGCAAUUCAUGAUCGAUCUUGAGGGUGGUGCAAAUUCAGGUCCACGUCGAGAUGAGAACAAUGGCUCUGUCGAUGCUCCUCCAUCUCCUGGGAGUGUCGCAUUUGUUGACUUCAGAUUCGUUCCAUUAGUCGGCGGUGACGGAGAUGGCGAAAGCGACCCUGGUACUGAGAGCGAGGAGAACACCUUUUCUGAAUGA